AAAGCCAUUUUCCCAGGCAAGGGUUGCAACAUCGCCGCCGAGGCAGCGAGCAGAGCUGACAGCAGCGGAGCGGGCGCUGCAGGAUUCAGGGAGCCUUGCCGGCUCCUCUGACUGGCGUCUGCGAGUACAACAGCGGCUGACCCACUCGGGCUUGGGGAUUUACACAGACGUGGAGCGAUGCUUGUGACUCUGCAGCUCCCCAAAGGCCCCUAGAAGCCUGUCUUACCAGUGCAGUCUAGGACCACUAGCCUCAUGGAGCCACCAAUCCCACAGAGCUCUGUCCCUUUGACUCCCGGCACUGUCAUGGUUCAGCCCCUCCUUGACAGCCGAGUACCCCACAGCCGGCUCCAGCACCCACUUACCAUCUUACCUAUUGACCAGAUGAAGACCAGCCACGUGGAGAAUGACUACAUAGACAACCCUAGCCUGGCCCCCACUGUGGGUCCCAAGCGGACCCGGGGUGGGGUCCCAGAGCUGGCCCCUACACCUGCCCGCUGUGACCAGGAUGUCACUCACCACUGGAUCUCCUUCAGCGGUCGCCCCAGCUCUGUAAGCAGCAGCAGCAGCACCUCUUCAGACCAGAGGCUCCUCGACCAUAUGGCUCCACCGCCAGUCGCUGAGCAGGCUUCCCCUAGGGCUGUGCGCCUCCAGCCCAAGGUGGUCCACUGUAAGCCGCUGGACCUCAAGGGCCCAGCAGCUCCACCAGAGCUAGACAAGCACUUCUUGCUGUGUGAGGCCUGUGGGAAGUGUAAAUGCAAGGAAUGUGCGUCCCCUAGGACGUUGCCCUCUUGCUGGGUCUGCAACCAGGAGUGUUUGUGCUCAGCCCAGACCCUGGUCAACUAUGGCACAUGCAUGUGCCUGGUGCAAGGCAUCUUCUACCACUGCACCAAUGAGGAUGAUGAGGGCUCCUGCGCUGACCAUCCCUGCUCCUGCUCCCGCUCCAACUGCUGCGCCCGCUGGUCCUUCAUGGGCGCCCUCUCUGUGGUGCUGCCAUGUCUGCUGUGCUACCUGCCAGCCACAGGCUGUGUCAAGCUGGCUCAGCGCGGCUAUGACCGCCUGAGGCGCCCAGGUUGCCGCUGCAAGCACACGAACAGUGUCAUCUGCAAGGCAGCCAGUGGCGACACCAAGGCCAGCAGGCCUGACAAGCCUUUCUGACGCUUUGGAUGGAAACUCAACACUGCCCUUGGAAACUGGGGUCCCUCCUGCCAGUCUUCUUGAGACUGACCGGGCUCAUCUGUCCUCUCUUAAACCCCAGAUUGAGAAGAAAGAGGCAGAGACCACUACCACCCAGCCUAGAGCCCCCAAAAGGAUGAAGAUGCACUUUGGGGUUUUCAUGUUCUUGAAACUUUAUGUCAAGCAGCAGUGACAGCAACGGGGUGUGGCGGCUUUGGAUGCGAUUUUCCUAUUUCAGAAGAAGGAACACCGAUGUGGACACAAUCCAGAAGUUCGGCUGCUCAGUGGCCUUCCCAGCCCCUCCUCUGAACCUCACCCUCCCACUUUGCCUCUGGCUCCCGCUGGAGCCCCCUGCCGGGGAGGAACAGCUGACGGAAAGUGGGAUACCUCAAGGAAGACCCUCACAGCCUUGACUUCUACCUUUUGUUCCUCUGCCCAUGCCUGUUGGCCUUGGCCUCUUGGGAAGGUGCACCAUAGCAAUUCCUGCUGUAUGUACUUGCUAGCUGAGAACAAAAUCAGUGGUGAGCCGGAGCCUUCCUGGGCCCACAGGAUGACAGAGCCGCUGGGCAGUGUGUGUGUUCCUUCUAGCUUCAAUCGCUCGCUUGGGGGUGUCCACUCAUCAUACCACCCUCCGGUUCUUGCCCGAGUCACAGACUGGCCUGCCUGCUGUGCGUCCUGAGCUCUCUGCUCUCUACUUAGAUUCUCUGCAGAAACUUGCUGGGUUAAGAGGGCCAGGGUGACACAAGUGAGACCAAAUAUCAUUUUGCCAAUGAGUCUGAGGCUGUGGUCUCCGGAUCCAGUCGUGAUGUUUUUAUAUGUUUAAUUAAAUAGAUGCUAAUGGUGUUUAAACAAUAAUAAUACAACAACUUGCUUCCUUUUGGGCCACCCCCAGGAAGGGCUGAUUUCACAAUCUGGGGGCAAGCAACCCCAAGGAGCAUAAUUCCCCUGCCCAUCAAGAAUAGCGAAGAAGAGGCCACACCUCCCAUUGGCAGAAUGACAGUUGAGCCGAGCUGGGGUUGGGUUUUCUUCUGAUUCUGCUGCUUGCUGUCAUAGCCUUUUGUGUAUAGUGAUGUGUCUGUCUUUAUGUAAAUAGAGAGAGAAUGAACAGAGUCUAUUUUAGUGUUAGGAGGCCCUGGUGGGGAAGUCAGAGGGAACCCAGAGAGGGUAGGGAACAAUUCUCCAGGGGCUACUGGAUUUGAGCCCAAUUUUUGUGCGCAGCACAACCCCUGCCCCUCCCGACAGCCCCCAAAGACGUAGCAACUCUUUCACGGUGCUAAAGGUCUCAGAAAGUGCAGCACGUCCAGUGGGUAGGUACUUGUUGCAUGCAAAAAGGUAUAGUGUCUCUGGUCCUUACCCCCAGCUGUUGUGGGGUUUUUGUUUUGUGUGGUAUUUUGUUCCCAUCCCUGCCUCUUGGUGAUACGAGAAAUGGCCUGGGUCAGAAGAGGUGCCCCAGGUGAAAUUGGGGAAGUGUUAGGCAGAAAUCAUGUGUGGUAUUUCUGGCUCUCUGUGUGGGAGCAGAACUGCCCCCAGGAAGGAGACAAGUAGGCAGGUAGCUAUGAGUGGCUUGUACCUAAUGCUCUGUCUCAAGGAUUCACCCCCACCCCUACUUGGAAACUAGUCGUAACACCUUAUGAUUUAGAAUAAGUUAAUUGUAACCAUAGGUAUUUAUUGACUGGAGGAAGGGAGGGUUUUCUUUUCAGCUUUAUUUAUGUAGCAUUUACAGGCUUGUAAAAGGCAAGUGUAAAAUACUGCAUCUUCAUUCUCUAUGGCUAAUCCAUACAGCUGCCCUUGCCACGGUCUCUUGCAAUGUCCUUGCACAUAUCGGAAGGAAAGAUACAAGACAAAAACACUUUCAGCCAACCACUUAACACUAACUGAAUGUAUUAGAAACUUACAGAAGGGGCUGCAGAUGUUUUCCUCAAAUGAGACAUGUGGCUGGAAGCCCCCAAAAGUGAUAGCGCACACGAGCACACCCUUUCUAAAAGGCCUGGGAGCUGAGCUUUGCCCAGGGUCCCUCCCUCAGUUGGUCUCCACAGAACAGUUGACCCAGUGGCAGGUUGCACUUUGGUGAUCUUGGUCUGUACACCUCUGUGGACAAUUGAGUUACAUAAUCUGUGUGUGCGCACAUGCACGUGUAACACAUACACACUGACCCUCUACCACACAGACCCUGUUUCCUGGCAACCCCUCCUGAACCCUGACUUUGUGUACAUAGCUGUAAACACGGAUUUUUGUGGGUUUUGGUUUGCUUUUUCUUUGUCCCCAACUCAUUUUGGCUUGUGGGUGAUGUCCACAGAACUCCCCCUCCUCCUCUCCCCCAGGAGUUUGCCUUGGGGCUUACUUACUUGGUGGUAAAGGGAAGGAGUGAAGGAAGCAUCCUUUAUUUCCUCAGCUCUAUUGUUUUUCUCUGGCAAACACCUGCAGGCAGAAAGAACACAUAAAAGUGGUGGCUUGCCUCUAGGGCCCCCACCCCCUUUGUAGGCCAGUCAAUAGGCACUGAGUCUACAGGGCCUCUCUCGAACAAUUUCUGAAGCUGCCUCAGAUUGGUGGCUUGAUAUCAGCAGCUUGCUUGUCUAGGUUGUAGCUCUCUAAAAUCUCCAACUGGUUCCCACUUGUAGACCUGGGGUUGGUGGCAGUUGUGCCUUGAGCUGAGGAUAGUAUCCAUCCAAGACAUUUCAUAAAAAGUACCUUGGUUUCCAAAUUGUGGGGAAAUGCCAGCACUCCUGUGAGUAUAUGGGGUUUCGGUCUAGACUAGCAAAAUCCUUCCAAGGUAUAGUCAAGGCUCCUGAAGCCAACUGGAAGGGAACAAAGAACAGACCUCACUUUAUUUUGGGUACUCCCAGCUGAUGGGAGGCAUCCUUGUGAUGGAUGCCUUUGAACUUGGGCAGUCUGCAUUGGUGGGGCCCAGCUGCAUCACAACCCUAAAGGGGCAAUACAUACCAAGUCAGUCUGGGCCAGAACCCAGACUUUGAAGCAGCAUGGUCUCUAGUGUUACUCCAAGAAAUAAAUGUCUGAGGUGUGUGGGCAGCACAAAUUUGCACUGUACAAUUUACAAGAACAUCGAGGCAUCACCAGCCUCCUGGUUUAUGGGUUUGAUGAGUAAAGUUCAAUGCCCUCUCUGCUCUGUAACGGUGGAUAUCAAUCCUGUGUUUCCACUUUUGCUGUGGGUGACUGUGCUGUUUCUUACCUUGCUUUCUCUCGCUGUCCCACGGUUGGUUUCAUGUUAGCAGCAGUAGAGUUGCACCCAGUUGCCCACUCCACAUCCGUUUCAUUAACCCCUCACUGUAGUCCCUUUUCACCCCACCACAAAAGUUACCACAGAAGGUUUCCUUUGUAAAAAAUAUUUAUUUUGAAGCUCUAUUUUAAUAGUAUUUAUUUUAGAAAGUCUACUAUUGUAAGAGUUCUUCUGUUUGUGAAGAAAAAAACAAGUUAAAAACUGAAUGUACUGAUCUAGAAGAUAUCUAUAAAUAUAUAUUGUUAAAUAUA